GCAGCGAGGCUCAACAACUGGCCCCCGUUGCCGUCCUUUUGCCCGGUGAAGCCAUGCUUCUACCAAGACAUCCCUGUGGAGAUCCCUGCCGACUUCCAGAAGACCGUUUCUACCAUGUAUUAUCUCUGGAUGGCCAGUACCAUUGCUCUCUUCCUGAACUUCUUGUCCUCGCUGGCCUGGUUCUGCGUGGAGCCCUCAUCCGGUUCGGGGUUCGGCCUCUCCAUUCUCUGGGCUCUCCUCUACACGCCCUGCUCCUUUGUCUGCUGGUAUAGGCCGAUGUACAAAGCUUUCAGGAGUGACAGUUCGUUCAACUUCUUUGUCUUCUUCUUCGUCUUCUUUGCCCAGAAUGUGAUGUACGUGCUGCAGGCCAUCGGCAUACCGAACUGGGGGUUCAGUGGCUGGAUAUUGAGCCUGAUAGCGCUGCGGAAGAACACGGCGGUGGCUGUGAUGAUGAUCCUGGUGUCCUUGUUCUUCACAGCAGUGGCUGUGUUGGGCAUUAUUAUGCUGAAAAAGAUCCACUCUCUGUACCGCCGGACAGGCGCCAGCUUCCAGAAGGCGCAGGAGGAGUUUGCUGCGGGGGUCUUCUCCAACCAGGCGGUGCGCACUGCGGCGGCCAAUGCUGCCGCCGGUGCUGCCACCAACGCCUUCCGGGCACCGUAG